UGAUAAGACAAUGCAACUUUAUAAAACCGCGAUCGUCUAACAACAAAUUCAGUUGAUAAUAAUUCUUACAGUAGUGAAUAUUUAGACAUAAUUAAUUAAUAAAUUUGUGCUUUAUUUUUUUUUUAUAAUUAAAAUAAAAAUGCAAAAUCAUUUUACGUUAACUACUAUCAUCCUGACAAUAAAACUGGUUAGCGCAUUCGCUGCCGACAAUGAAAUCCCAACAGAAUGUCCGCAAGUGGACCCGAUUAAUACAACCAUUCAUAUUGCUCACGAGCUUGACUGCUCAAAAUUUUAUGUCUGCUCGAACGGUCGUAAAAUCUUGAUGAUGUGUCCUCUGAUGGAUGGAGCUGGGAAUAGGCUGCAUUUCAACCCCAAGUUACAAGUUUGUGACUGGCCAUAUCGAGGUGGAUGCAAUGUAUCUACUAGUACGACUGCAGUACCUACGGAAGCGACAAGUGUAGACACAGAUAAUUCUACUGAGUGGGUAGUAACCACUGAGUCGACGGAAGCUAAUAACUCUUCAGAAAUAACAGAAGCUAUUACGGAAGUUAUUACAGAAUCAUCAACUAAUAAAGAAUCAACGGUAACUGUGUCUUCAGGAUCAAAUUCUACUGUUACACAAGCUACGACGACAUCUGCAUCAUCAACGGUUCAAGAAACUGAGAGUUCUUCUAAACCUUCUGAAUCAACAACUCAGGAACCUCCAACUAGUAAUUCUACAGAAACCGAAGCUCAGCCAUCAAUAACGACUCAAUCAACGGUCCAAGAAACUGAAACAACUUCUAAACCUUCAGAAUCAACGUCUGUCACAACUCAGGAACCUUCAGUGCCUAGUUCUACUGAAACAGAAGCUCAGCCAUCAAUAACAACCCAAUCAACGGUCCAAGAAACUGAAACAACUUCUAGACCUUCAGAAUCAACGUCUGUUACAACUCAGCAGCCUUCAGUGCCUAGUUCUGCCGAAACAGAAGCUCAACCAUCAGUAACAACUCAAUCAACGGUCCAAGGAACUGAAACAACUUCUAGACCUUCAGAAUCAACGUCUAUUACAACUCAGGAACCUCCAGCUACUAAUUUUACAGAAACAGAGGCUCAGCCAUCAAUAACAACUCAAUCAACGGUUCAAGAAACUGACCCAACUUCUGUAACUACUAAUCGACCGACAGAAUCAACAACUUUUUUAACAUCAUCAACAUCUCAAACCAUCACCACCAAUCUAAUGGAAACAACAAACACCACCAUCACUCAAAUCAUCAGCACCACCAUUCCCACCAUAAUCACCACCGAUGACUUUGAAUCCAAUAAAACAAUCUCCACACUGCCUACUCCACUUCCUAAAUGCACAUCAAGCGUAUCUGGAAUUUUAUAUCCACAUGAAUCUGACUGCUCUUUAUUCUACAACUGUGACCACGGAAAAUUAGUUCUAUUAAGUUGUGCCCAAGGACUCUAUUUCGAUGAACCUCGUCAAGUCUGUGUGUGGCCUCACGAAACCAAUUGCCAGAAAUCAACAUCACUUAAUCCUUCUACGACAAUUUCUUCCAUUUCUACAAUAAAAAUCACAACAUCAACAAACAUCUCAGACUUAUGUCCUGCUGACAAUUCAAACAAUGGAGCAUUGUAUCCCCACGAGUGUGUAUGUAGUAAAUUUUAUCUCUGCACUAACGGACAACUUGUUUUGAAUCAGUGUCCUGCUGGUUUGAAUUUUGAUUCCAAAUUGAACAUUUGUGAUUGGCCAGAAAACGUCCAAUGUCAGUCAUCUUCACCUUCAGUGUCUUCAACAACUGCCAAAUUGUCAACGACGACAUUGAGUAGUCUAGUGGAAACCAUAAAGCCCGUAGAGCCGAAUUCAACCGAGUCUGCUAAGUUAAUCGAUCAACCAGCGGUAUCAAAAUCUGAAUGCCCAGAAGAUGGAUCUGAACCACUGCUUCCUCAUGAAACUAAUUGUCGGCUUUACUACGACUGUAAAGACGGUGAAAAAUGGUUGAAAGAAUGUUCAUCUGGAUUAGAAUUCAAUCCUACGCUUCAAUUUUGCGAUCGACCUGAACUCGCUGGAUGCUCCAACUCGGAAAGCAAUCAGGAAACUACUGUACGAAAAAUUGAAACUUCUGAAGCAGUAAGUGAAACUUCUGAGCCAGUUGAUGAAUCAUCUACUUCCAAAAAUGAAACUUCUGCAUCAGAUACAUGUUUAAGACCUUGUCCCGCGGAUGAUCCUAUAGAUUAUACAGUUUUGGUUGAACAUCAAAACUGUUCGAAGUUCUGCAAAUGUAGCCAUGGGAUUCCCUACGUCUUAAACUGUCCAGCAGGCCUCCAAUUCAAUUCAUUGGAACAAACUUGUGAUUAUCCCGAGAGAGCUAAUUGUAACAGACAACCAGCUUAUUAAUUCUAUUCCAGUUAAAAAGUAUUUACAAAUCUGAUCUCUUAGAUUACAUAUAAGCUAGCAUUGCUAUUGUAAUUUAUUGACUUGAUUAUUUAUUUAUCUAAAUAUAUGAUUGAUGCAUAA